UUUUGUCGGUAUUUGCUGCUGCGAUACUCCAUUUGAUCACCACAGAUACUACCUACUCGGCCGGCAUUACAACAGACACCGCAUCCCAUCACCGCCACCUGUUUGCAAUCAUGUCCGCUAUUGGAACGCUUGUCUUCUGUCACGACUGCGGCAACUUGCUUCCCGCGUCCAUGGGCACGGAGAAGAACAUCCUCACCUGCGACUGCUGCGGCGCCGACAACAAGGAUACCGGCUCCAAGACGAUCGUCACCCAGACGAAGCCCUCCGAUUUCCCGUCCCAGUUGCGACAGAAGCUGCAGUCCAAUGUCCAGGCCGUCGACAGGGCCAACGUGAACACGGAGGCCACGAUCAGAGAGACGUGCCCCAAGUGCGGAAGAGAAGAGGUCCGCUUCACUGCCGUGCAGCUCCGCAGCGCCGACGAAGGCAGCACUAUUUUCUUCACCUGCGACUGUGGCUUCAAAUGGUCUCAUAACAACUGAAAUACACUGAACUUUUUACCCGUCGCUUUUGAAGCACCUAAUCCCACCCAUUAUUUACCUGCCGAACCCAACCUCCACAAAGAUCUAGAUCACCUCCAUGCUCAAGCAGCCGCCUUGGUGGCGUCGGGAAUCAACGCAUACUCGGUCUGGCCGCUGGACUCGAACUCGGCCAUGUCCAAGGCCACGAUGACGCUCUCGCGCACGACCUUUUCCUUGUCGUGCAGGAACUUCAGGAGGGUCUCCUCGACGCCCUCCUCGUCGCCCAGGCUUCCCAGCGCCUCGGCGGCCUCGUGGCGCACCAUGCUCGCCUCCUCGGUGUUGCUAAGCGCCUCGGUCAGCGCGGGGAUCGACGCCGGGUGCGAUAGCUGGCCGAAGACGAAGGCGAUCUCGUGACGGAACAGGGCGGACGGGUCAGCCAAGCCCUUGGCGAGGGCGAGCACGGCGGGAACGGCAGUCGGCAGGUCGGGCGGCGACGCGAGGUCGCGCAGGGCGAACAUGGCGCGGUAACGCUGGAAGAGAGGCAGCUUGGGGUCCAUGAGGGUCUUCUCGAGCUCUUCGACAGAGCGUUGGGACUCUUCCAUCGGAGGCGCGGGGUCUACGGAGGUGAAGU